CUGGCCAAAUGUUUUAGCUGUUUUAAUUUAAUAAUUAAUUUAAGCGUAAAUUCGGAUGUCAAAUGAGCGUAUCAAAUUCUGUCUUUGUGGCUCUAGCGGCAUCGUUUGGCGGAUUCAUUGUUGGCGUGUCCCUUGCAUGGUCGGGACCAAUAGCGGUUGAACGCAUCGUCGGUACGACGUACAACUUCACGCCGAAUAUGUUCCACUGGGUUUUCAUAUGCUCCAUUGUAACAUUGGGUUGCGCCGUCGGUUGCAUACCCGCUGUCCUAUUGACAGUCGAAUUCGGCAGGAAACCGAUCAUGGCGCUGAUGAUGAUGCCAUGUAUAUUCGGCUGGCUAUUUGUACUUGCCGAGCAGCACUUCAGCAUGAUGCUCGUUGGUCGAUUUCUGAUUGGCGUGGGCAGCGGUGGCAUCGGCGUGACAGUUAACAGAGAUGAUACAGCGAAGGCGGAGGCCAUUUUGAAGUGGCUACGUGACCCCGAUGUAAAUAUUCAAUCUGAAGUGGAAGCUUUACGGAAUACGCAAUUAGCGACAAAGUCAAGCUUCAAAAAGGAAAUGUCUGGAAGUGCCGCGGUCAAGGGCCUGGCCCUUGCGAUUACAUUGAUGUUGUUGCGGCAGGUGACGGGCAUAAACGCUUACAUCUUUUAUUUAAAACCCAUUCUUACUCUGAACGGUGUGAAGACGAACUUGGAAAAGUAUUUAAUCGGCUUUGGAGCAGCCCAACUAAUCACCACAUAUGUCUCAACAUUUCUAACUGAGCGCACGGGCCGCAAAAUGUGGCUGUUUGUGUCGGCCCUAAUAAUGCUGAUCGCCUCCAUCAUAAUGGCCAUACACCUGCAAUUUCUAGUGCACUCCGACAUGGUCUGGAUAGUAAUUGGAGCCAGCAUUUUGUUUGUCGUUGGACACUCGCUGGGCUUCGGUCCGCUUGCCUGGUUCAUUAUGUCCGAGCUGUUUUCGGAUAAUGUGAAGCCACUUGGUGUUGCAAUUGUUUCCAUGUGUUCCUGGCUCUUUAUGUUACUGGUGACGAUCAUUGUGCCACUUGUCCUGAAAAGCUCUACGCCCUCCUCAAUAUUUAUUGUAUUUGCUCUUUUCUCAUGUUUCGCGUGUAUUUUCGUUGUCAGCUAUUUACCAGAAACGAAAAAUAAAAUUUUGCAACCAACGCCUGCGGCCGAGACGUCCGUAUUGUAG